CCGAAGAAAGAUAUAAUAUAUGGAAAAUAUGCAUCUAAGGCGAGUGCGAACCAUGCCUCGACACAGCCAGUCUCUGAGCAUGGCCCCCUACUCCUCUGUGAGCCUCGUGGAGCAGCUGGAAGACAGGAUCCUGUGCCAUGAGAAGACCACCGCUGCCCUGGUGGAGCACGCCUUCCGGAUCAAGGACGACAUCGUCAACAGUCUGCAGAAAAUGCAAAACAAAGGGGGAGGCGACCGCUUGGCGAGGCUGUUCCUGGAGGAGCACAUCCGAAACAUCACGGCCAUCGUGAAGCAGCUGAACCGGGACAUAGAGGUCCUGCAGGAGCAGAUCCGCGCCAGGGACAACAUUAGCUAUGGAACUAAUUCUGCCUUAAAGACCCUGGAGAUGCGGCAUAUGUCUGGUUUGGGGGAUCUGCGUGGAAGAGUGGCCAGAUGUGAUGCCAGCAUUGCCAGACUGUCUGCAGAGCACAAAACGACCUAUGAGGGGCUGCAGCACCUGAACAAAGAACAGCAAGCCUCCAAGAUGAUCCUGGAAAGUGCAAUCAAAGAUGCAGAAGGACAGAUUUCUCAGCUUUUGAACAGAGUGGAUUUGUCUAUAUCAGAGCAGAGCACCAAACUGAAGAUGUCCCACAGAGACAGUAACCACCAGCUUCAGCUUUUAGAUACUAAAUUUAAAGGUACAGUCGAGGAGCUCAGUAACCAGAUUCUGUCUACACGGAGCUGGAUGCAACAGGAGCAAGAACGGAUAGAAAAAGAACUUUUACAGAAAAUUGACCAGCUUUCCGUGGCGCUUAAGGAAAACAGUGUAGCCGGCGAAAGGGACACGGAGCGGCUCAGCCAGUUGUCAACCAGACUUGACAAGCUAGAGGAGACGCAGAGGAAGAGUCUGGAAGGACCGAGGGCCAAGCAGGAGGAGGACAAGGUGCAAGGGCGGAUCAGCAAGCUGGAGCUGCAGAUGCAGGAGGGCAUGCAGGAGAUGAAAGCGGAAGUCGAUGCCGGGUUUACGGCCAUCUACGAAAGCAUAGGAUCCCUCAGGCAAGUGCUUGAGGCCAAGAUGAAGCUGGACAGGGACCAGCUGCAGAAGCAAAUCCAACAGAUUCAGAAGCCGGAAGCCCCGCUGUGAGCGGCCUGGGACCCGGACGUGGAGGGUAUGGCCUGGGACUGGGUGCCCGGCCUCGGAGGCCAGGCCCGCUGCGUUCAGGACGCUCCCGGGUGUGCAUGUGCCAGGAAACGUGUUUUCAUGGGUCUGAAUGUUUACCUGAGUCUUGAAAACACUCUUAGCAUAUUAAAUACGGUUUUUAACCACUUUAUUUUAUUUCUCUAAAUCAGUGGUCACCGCACCCUUUGAAAGGCUUUGGUCCUCUUCAUUUUAUGAAUGAAAAGACGAUUUUUUUCAGUGCUCAAUGGUCUAACCAAGACUAUUUAAUAUUUUGAAAAAUAUCAUGCUGAUUUUUUAAAAUUAAGAAACCAAUGAGUUGUCACUGGAAUGUGUUGUCCCAAUAGAUUAGAAAUCAACCUUUGAGUCCACAUCUGGGUUUUAUUACUGUUAUUUGUGUGUUUCUUAUAUUGGUUAUCUUACUGUCAAUCCUCUGUCUUUUCUAAGGGGAAGAGAUUUCACACUUGAGAAAAAAACCUGCCAUUUCUAUAAUGAAAAUAAAUUUACAAUUAAUAACUGCCAUACAGAUUGGAAAUUACGUGGAAAUUUAAGAUGUUCUGGGUACUACAAGGCACAAUAUUUACAUCCACCUAGGUAGACCAGGUUUUAAUAUUUAAAACUAUUUUUGAAUUAGCCACAACUUGUAUAGUGAUAGCCAUAUAUUAAAUAAUGGAAUGGUGGUUAACCAUUUGUUGAUGAUUAACUGUUCAUUAAUCAUAAUAGAAUUUUCCAGACGUUAUGAUCUCUCUAAAUGUUUGCAAAAUUGGCACACAGUGCCAGGGUUUAUAUACAUUUAUUGUAACUGUAUUUUCGUGCCUUGGAGUAACGUCUCCAUGAACUGAAUCCUGUAACAUCUUUACUGACAAGACGUAACAAUCAUGCAGAAUUACGAUGUCAGAAUGGGAUCCUGUGUAUUUUUAAAAUGUUCUCAAAAUGUUACCGCUGUUAAGAUGUGAACCCUGCAGUACUAUUCAUGGAACAGAAAUUCACACUUUUGUAUGGACAAAGAAACAAAUUGAAUUUAUAAUAGUGUCAAGAAACCUUUGUCUUGUGCAACUUUCUAGAUAAUUUUCAGUCUCUGUAUUUGAUCAGCCACUGAAAGUGUGACCCUGGGGUCUUUGGUCACCCUGUGCAAACCGAAAGAGAAAGCCACCCCUGGAGAUCAUGAGGGCGCCCAGGGGCAGGAGGACAAGUGUUUUGUUUGUUUGUUUGUUUGUUUAAACAAACACCUUUUGUCUGUUCCAUUUGCCAAGGACUCAGGACAAUAAAAGCAUUUUCUAUUUCUAGGAUGAACCACAAGUGAAAUGUCUAACUGGCUAUUACUGUUUACACCCGUAUAAAAUAUGCUGCUAGAGUACAUAUAGUUCUCAAUGGCUUGACAAAAAGAUUAAAGAAAAAAUUUGGACACGAGAGGUUAUAUAAGAAAUACGUCCUAUGUCAUUCAACAUAUAUUUCCUGUUUUGGUCAAAAAUCUUUUCAUCUCUACAGUACAUUUCCAUUUAAAGGGGGAAAAGGGUUGAUACUCUCUUCCAGUCAGAAAGGGGUUUCUUUCUGUGACCCAGUGGGCGUGUCUCGUGUUCUCCAGGCUGGCACAGCCCCAGGGCAUCUCGCUGGCCCUCGGUCCUAAGGAAGGGUCAGCGCGUCUGACCCCUGGGAAGAGGGGUGUCUCAGGCGCUUGAUGUCACUUCUCCAGCCCGGCCGCUUGGACACGCCUGGGGCGUUGUAAGAGCCGCCGAGGCCCCGCUGCCCCUGGGCCAAAGCCUAGGGAGGUGGCAGGCAGCGGUGCCUAUCACAGGCCCGGUGACUGCGUGACCCCCGGUGACACUUCUCACCAAAGGUCAAACAAGAAUCAGCUUCCGUGUUCUUUCCUUUCUGAGAAAUUUGCAAUA